AACUCCACCCUCCCAGUUUUGUUCACACUGGUCCUGGUCCGAGAGUCCAGACUGUGAGAGCAGGACCUGCAGGAUCUGAUCAGACCAGGAGCUCAGUCAGCCAUGGCCUCAGCCAACUGUUCAGGAUGUGGACCAGGAUACCACAGUCCACUGGAUGCUAUGAAGGGUCGUCGGGAGGAGAUCGUCUACCUGCCCUGCAUCUACCGUAACACUGACAUCCUUAAACCCGACUACCUCGCCACUGUUGACAUCGACCCCAAAUCCUCCACCUACUGCCAGGUCAUCCACCGGCUGCCCAUGCCGAACCUUCGCGACGAGCUGCAUCACUCUGGCUGGAACGCCUGCAGCAGCUGCUUUGGCGACGCCUCCAAGAAGAGAAACCGUCUGAUUCUACCGGCGCUCAUCUCCUCUAGAAUCUAUGUGGUUGAUGUCGGGACGAACCCCAGAGCUCCUCAGAUCCACAAGAUAGUGGAGCCUAUCGAUCUGUACUGGAAGUGUGGUCUGGCGAAUCCUCACACCUCCCACUGUCUGGGCAGCGGUCAGAUCAUGAUCAGCUGUAUGGGAGACCCGUGCGGCAAUGGGAAAGGUGGUUUUGUCCUGCUGGAUGGUGAGACGUUCGAGGUGGUCGGUAACUGGGAGCACCCGGGUGAAGCGGUGCCCUUUGGAUAUGACUUCUGGUACCAACCUCGGCACAAUGUGAUGAUCAGCAGUGAAUGGGGUGCACCUAAAUCUCUGGUUGAUGGUUUUAAUCCAGCCCAUGUCAAAGAAGGUCACUACGGCAGCUCCCUCCACAUCUGGGACUGGACCACCCACAGGAGGCUGCAGACACUCGAUCUGGGUGAGGAGGGUGCAAUUCCCCUGGAGGUCCGAUUUCUGCAUGACCCCGAUGCCACCGAGGGCUACGUGGGAUGUGCUCUGCAGGGAACAGUCUUCAGAUUCUACAAAACACCAAAAGGAGACUGGGCUGCAGAGAAGGUGAUCAGUGUUCCCAGUAAGAAGGUAGAGGGGUGGGCGCUGCCUGAGAUGCCUGGUCUGAUCACUGACAUCCUGAUCUCACUGGACGACCGUUUUCUUUACUUCAGUAACUGGCUGCAUGGUGACGUCAGACAGUAUGACAUCACAGACAGGAGGAACCCGCGAUUGGUCGGCCAGGUGUUUUUAGGAGGAAGUAUCAUCCGUGACGGUCCGGUCAAAGUCCUGGAAGACCCCGAGAACCAGCCGCAGCCCCCCCCACGCAUCAUCAAGGGGAAGCGUAUCCCUGGAGGUCCUCAGAUGUUACAGUUGAGUUUAGACGGACGGAGACUUUAUCUGACGACGUCUCUCUACAGCGCCUGGGACAAACAGUUCUACCCCGACAUGAUCAAGGAGGGUUCAGUGAUGAUGCAGAUGGAUGUGGACACUGUUAACGGAGGUCUUUCUGUGAAUGAGGACUUCCUGGUGGAUUUCGGUAAAGAACCCGAUGGUCCGGUUCUCGCCCACGAGCUCAGAUAUCCUGGAGGAGACUGUACGUCCGACAUCUGGCUGUGAAACUUUUGACCUUCAUCAGACCUAACUAAUCUAACAAACUUGUUUGUUUAUCUAAUUAUCUGGCUGUGAUCAGCUCACUGUUUCUGUUGUUCCUGUCACAGACGGAUGCAGAGAAACUAAUCAAUGCUUUUUUUACUUAUAGGCUCGAUUACCGCAACUCUUUAUUAUCAGGUUGCCCCAAUCAGACUCCCACUACUGACAUAGCAGAUGAAAGUAGAAUAAAAUGGAUGAAAUGGGAGAAUAAAGACUGAUGAACAAACUAAAAGUCAAAUUAUUGUAAUUAUGUGUCAUAUAAGUGUGAUCUGCCUUCAGGUAACAAACUGACCAAUCAGCUAUCAGCCUGAGACUCAUAGGUACAUUGUUAUUUCAGACCUGCUGUAACCCAUCAGUCAGGUUUCUGCCUCCUGCAGGUCAAACUGUCAACUCACAAUGUUUAAAUAAAGUUCCAUUUAAUCGGC